AAUUUAUGCGUAUAAAUACGUCCGAAACAGUGGCGCGUAAGACGUGUAUAUACGACCAAAACAGUCAUAGGGUUAAUAUAGAUAGUGAAAACAUGUUAUCAGCCUUUUAUAUGCAUUUGAAAGUGAGAAAAGGCUAUGAUUUUCUUUACAGUGAUUUUGGCCUUAUAGCAGCAGCCUGGAACCUGACCUACUGUAUAAGCAGGACUCUCUGGUACUUAGUCGUAAACAGCAGAAUUGUGUACUUGGUGUAGAUGCUCUCAUGCAAGCUCUAGAGGACUAGUGCUUGCAUGCACUGAUUAUGAUGCAAAGCUCAUGAAAACGCCAGAAAUAUUGAGUGCCAUAUAUCACACUACAAUGGCAGGACUAACAUGUGUGUGCAGUUAAUGUUAAGUUUGAGAAAGCUCACUCUUCCCAGCAUUUUUUAUAGUAAUAUGCAAUCCAUGAUAAUUUUUUUUUUUUUUUUGAUUGUUUAUUAUACGAGAGUCAGCCUCAACAUUUUGAUAUCAUGCAUACCAUCGUAAGGCUGUAAACACAGGUUUGCCCGAUUCAAAUCUUACAAUGUGCAACAUAGUUUUAUAAUUAAAUAUUAUUGUCAUAUACAGUGUGUGAAUGUUCCAAGUAUCAAGUAUUUACUGGUGAUAUUGUCUGUGAAGGUACUCUGUACAAGUAGUGUCUCAUUCCCUCACCUCAGACAUGAAUAUCAUUUUCCAUGUGUCUCAUUUCCCCACCAGAUAAUUUAUUCACAUUUUCCAUUAUGCUAUUAGUCAUAUUCCUCCACAACAUAUCCUUUACAUUACAACUAGGUUCUUCAUAAAGCUUUCAUGUCAUUCCAUCAAUGUUUUCCAUUGCAUAGCAAGUUUCAUGCCUUGAUAUUUUUUAUUGAAUGUUCACAUGUACCAUUUAAAUGCUGUCUCAUUUAAUCUGAACUUAUAUAAUGUGUGCUUAUGCUCACUUUAAGAAGCAUCUUUGUGCAAGUUCUUGGAAGUGAUAUUCUUUUGCGAGUCAAUUAUAAAAAAUUAAGCAUUAGAGAUUUUGCACAACAAAAAAAUGAUUGCUCACUGUUCAGAAUUGCUUGAAUUUAGUAUAUAAUAAGUAUAACAGAAUCUAUUUUUAGGUUUUGUAUCUUUAAAAUUUUUCCUAUAAAUUUUCAUUUGUGACCCAUAAUUUUACAGUUCCAAAGGCUCUUCACAUGUAUAAUGAUGGGUGUACAAGUGUUCAUGUAUAAUGAUGGGUGUACAAGUGUUCACGUAGGAGAUAUAUUUCAGUAUUCAGAGUGCCUUCUCAAAAUGUUUCCAAGUAUAUCUUGAAAAUAUUUUUUUGCUAGUAAAAGUCCACUGCAGUUUAGUAGAAUAUUUAUGUAAAAGAAAACCUAAGUGUUAUAGCUAGUUCGUUUUGAUAAAAUAAAUUUGAAAAUUUAGCAAGUAUCCAGUGUCGUAAAAAUCUUUUUUAGAAGAUCCACAUCAGUAUUAAUCUCCUCUGCAAGCAAAUAUGAGAGCUCAUAGAGCUAAAAUACCUUUUCAGUGUUCAACAUGUUUAAAGGACUUUUCAGAAAAAGGUAAUCUAGUGAAACAUAUGCGAGUUCAUACGGGAGAGAAACCAUACCAGUGUUCACAAUGUCUAAGAGAGUUUUCACAAAAAGUUCAUUUAGAUGCACACAUGAGAACUCAUACGAGAGAGAAACCAUAUCAGUGCUCACUCUGCCAGAAAAACUUUUCCGACAAAGGUAAUUUAGUAACUCAUAUGCGAGUUCAUACAGGAGAGAAACCCUAUCCAUGUUCCAUGUGCCAAAAAUCUUUUUCAAUUAAAUCAUCGUUAGUGAAACAUAUAAGAAUUCAUACAGGAGAGAGACCAUUCAAAUGUUCUGAAUGUCCGAAAGAAUUUGCUGAAAAAGGUAAGCUAGUGAACCACGUGAGAAUGCACUCGGGGGAGAAACCGUAUAAAUGUUCAGAAUGUCUGAAAGCCUUUACACAAAAAUCUAUUUUAGUAACACACAUGAGAACGCACAAUAGAGUAAAACCAUAUCAGUGCUCUAAAUGUUUAAAAGCAUUUGCUUUAAAAAGUUUACUGGCAAGACAUUUACGGGUUCACGUAGAAGAGAAGCCAUACAAGUGCUCAGUGUGUCUGAAAGCGUUUAAAGAAAAUAUAAAUUUAGCAAAACAUACUAGAGUUCAUACUGAUGAAAAGUCAUAUUACUGUUCAGUGUGUCUGAAAGGUUUUACUGAAAAGAGUAAGGUAGCAAGGCACAUGAGAUUCCAUAAAGGAGUGGAAUCGUACCAGUGUUCGAUAUGUUUACAGUUCUUUUCUGAAAAAGAUGAAUUAAAAAGCCAUUUGAAUAUUCAUACAGGAAAUAAACCAUUUCAGUGUUCAGAAUGUCUUAGAGAGUUUACGCAGAAAUCUGGUCUUGUAAAACAUAUGCCAACUCAUACAGGAGUGAAGCGUUAUCAAUGUACAGUGUGUCUGAAAGAUUUUAAUGAAAAAUGUAAUUUUGUAAAACAUUUGAGAGUUCAUACAGGAGAGAAACCAUAUCAGUGUAUGGUAUGUUUUAAAGCUUUUUCUGAUAAAGGAGCUCUAGUCAUACAUUUGACAGUACAUACAGGAAAUAAGCCCUAUUUGUGUUCAGUAUGUCUGAAGAGGUUCUCAGUAAAAGAUAGGCUGGUACGCCAUUUGAGAGUUCACACAAAAGAGAAACCUUAUAAAUGUUUAGAAUGUCCGAAAGCCUUUACACAAAAAUCUAUUCUAGUAGUACACAUGCGAACUCACACUGAAGAGAAGCCAUAUCAGUGUGUAGAAUGUUUAAAAAACUUCACAAAAAAGACAAAUUUAAUAAUACACACCAGAGUUCAUACAGGAGAAAAACCAUAUCAGUGUUCAAAAUGCCAUAAAAGAUUUAUGCAGCAGUCUACAUUAAUAAAACACAUGAAAGCUCAUUCAGGUGACAGACCAUAUCAAUGUACAGAGUGUCAAAAAUGUUUCAUUUAUAAAUCUAAUCUAAUGAAACAUGUUAAAGUUCAUCAAAGAGUAAGCCCCUAUCAGUGUUCAAAAUGUUUUAAAGGAUUUACAAACAAAACUGCAUAUGACAUGCACAUAAGAGUUCAUACAGGAGAGAAGCCACUUAAGUGUUCAAAAUGUCAUGAAGAGUUUGUAGAAAAAUUGGCUUUAGUAUCACAUAUGAAUGUUCACAGAGGAGACAAACAGUAUCCUUGUGUUGUGUGUUUAAAAGGCUUCUCAAACAAAUAUUCUCUAAUAAAGCAUCUGAAAGUUCAUUCACAAGAGAAACCAUAACAUUGUUUUGUGUUUUAUAAGUCUUCAAAUAAACCAUACAGUGGACCCUUGGGUAACGGCAUUAAUCCAUUCCAAAAUCGGUUAAAGGCUUGCCUUUAACCGAUUUUGCCAUUAGCCAAAUUAAUUUUCCCCAUAAGAAAUAAUGGAAAUCCAAUUAAUCAGUUUCAGACACCCAAAAGCAUUACCCAAAAAUAUUUUUUUUAAAGAUUAACCCUUAAACGGUCCAAACAUAUAUAUACGUUCACGCGCGUAGCGCCCCAAACGUUUAUAUACGUUUUCUUUGUCAUUCAUUCAACAUUGCCACAAUAAGCCUGAGUCACCUAGACAUGAGAGAAUGGGUGUGCGCACUCACUGUGUGCCAUAUUAAAAUAAUUGGGGAUGCCUGGGUACCAUAUGCUCUUUUUUCCUUUUAAAAGAAAAGAUUUUUUUUUUCCUCAAAAAAUUUGAGACGCUACGCGAGUGAACGUAUAUAUACGUUUGGACCGUUUAAGGGUUAAAUAUAGAUAUACAUACAGAAAACAAUGACAAAUAAAUAUAAAGCACAAAUAAAAUGGAUAAAUGAACAUUUAACAUCACACUUUCCUUUAUUGACUCUUGUUGGUGUAUGGAAGACAAGUAGAAGGCGAGAGAGAGACGAGUUUAUUAUGCUUCAAUAUGACACUAUUAUCAAAUCUAUGACUUAUUUAUCUAUCACAGUCCAUCUAAUAUGACAUAAUAAACAAUAUUAAUGACAUAGAAACAUGAUAUAUACUCUAGAAUGAAUAAAAUAUGUCAUAAUGUAUGUGAGGAGUAUGUGGUAGAAGUGUUGUUGGGUUUAUAAGGGCCACUGACAGAAGCCGUAAAUAUUAGUGGUACAGGCGGGAGCAGAACCCACCAACACUGUCACACUUUAACAAUGUAUGUAAUUUAUAAAUAAGAAAUAUUUACAUUUUAAUUUAUAAAUAGGAAAUAUUUACAUUUUAAUUUAUAAAUAAGUAAAUAAGUUUAUUCAUUUAUACACAAAUGCAGUUACAUAGAUUAUCAUAAAUAGCAGUAUAUGUAUAAAGUACCUAGCAUAACUCCAGAAAGUCAGAUUGACUUAUUUCCAUUGGGGUCCCUUUAUAUUUACACUUAUACACCUACCAUCCGACUUACGACCUGCUCGACUUACGACCACUCUACUUACGACCAUGUUUUUUAUGCCAAAUUUCUGGGAAAUAAACAACUAUUUGUGUUGUACACAGUGUUUAUCCUAAACCUUACAGUAUAAAAUACAGUACUAACAGCAUAAAAAGUAAAGUAAAACAUGAAAUACCAAAAUAAAACAAUAAAAUAAAGUCAUUACAAAAAUGUUUUGUUGAUAUUCAGAAGUAAAGUUCGACUUUCGACCAUUUCGACUUACGACCGGUUUCUCGGAACCGAACUCGGUCGUAAGUCAGAUGGUAGGUGUAUUUACUUUUCCUAGGUAGUAGGUUGGUAGACAGCAACUGCCCAGGGAGGUACUACUGUCCUGCCAAGUGAGUGUAACAUGAAAGCCUGUAAUUGUUUUACAUGAUGGUAGGAUUGCUGGUGUUUUUUGUCUGUCUCAUAAACAUGCAAGAUUUCAGGUAUGUCUUGCUACUUCUACUUACACUUAGGUCACACUACACAUGCAUGUACAAGCAUAUAUAUACACACCCCUCUGGGUUUUCUUUUAUUUUCUUACUAGUUCUUCUUUAUUUCCUCUUAUCUCCAUGAGGAAGUGGAACAGAAUUCUUCCUCCGUAAGCCAUGUGUGUCGUCAGUGGCGACUAAAAUGCCAGGAGCAAGGGGCUGGUAACCCCUUCUCCUGUAUAAAUUACUAUAGCUAAAAAGAGAAACUUGUUUUUCUUUUGGGGCCACCCUACUUCAGUGGAAUAUGGCUGGUUUGUUGAAAGAAGAAGAAAGAUAUUUACUUUUAUACUUACACUUUUAUAUUUACACUUACCCAUCAGUUACACAACCCAGGGCAACAUGGGUUUAGAACAGGUCGCUCCUGCCUGUCUCAACUAUUGGACCACUACGACAAGGUCCUAAAUGCACUAGAAGACAAAAAGAAUGCAGAUGUAAUAUAUACAGACUUUGCAAAAGCCUUCGACAAGUGUGACCAUGGCGUAAUAGCGCACAAAAUGCGUGCUAAAGGAAUAACAGGAAAAGUCGGUCAAUGGAUCUAUAAUUUCCUCACUAACAGAACACAGAGAGUAGUCGUCAACAGAGUAAAGUCCGAGGCAGCUACGGUGAAAAGCUCUGUUCCACAAGGCACAGUACUCGCUCCCAUCUUGUUCCUCAUCCUUAUAUCCGACAUAGACAAGGAUGUCAGCCACAGCACCGUGUCUUCCUUUGCAGAUGACACCCGAAUCUGCAUGACAGUGUCUUCCAUUGCAGACACUGCAAAGCUCCAGGCAGACAUCAACCAAAUCUUUCAGUGGGCUGCAGAAAACAAUAUGAAGUUCAACGAUGAGAAAUUUCAAUUACUCAGAUAUGGUAAACAUGAGGAAAUUAAAUCUUCAUCAGAGUACAAAACAAAUUCUGGCCACAAAAUAGAGCGAAACACCAACAUCAAAGACCUGGGAGUGAUCAUGUCGGAGGAUCUCACCUUCAAGGACCAUAACAUUGUAUCAAUUGCAUCUGCUAGAAAAAUGACAGGAUGGAUAAUGAGAACCUUCAAAACUAGGGAGGCCAAGCCCAUGAUGACACUCUUCAGGUCACUUGUUCUAUCUAGGCUGGAAUAUUGCUGCACACUAACAGCACCUUUCAAGGCAGGUGAAAUUGCCGACCUAGAAAAUGUACAGAGAACUUUCACGGCGCGCAUAACGGAGAUAAAACACCUCAAUUAUUGGGAGCGCUUGAGGUUCCUAAACCUGUAUUCCCUGGAACGCAGGAGGGAGAGAUACAUGAUUAUAUACACCUGGAAAAUCCUAGAGGGACUAGUACCGAACUUGCACACGAAAAUCACUCACUACGAAAGCAAAAGACUUGGCAGACGAUGCACCAUCCCCCCAAUGAAAAGCAGGGGUGUCACUAGCACAUUAAGAGACCAUACAUUAAGUGUCAGGGGCCCGAGACUGUUCAACUGCCUCCCAGCACACAUAAGGGGGAUUACCAACAGACCCCUGGCAGUCUUCAAGCUGGCACUGGACAAGCACCUAAAGUCAGUUCCGGAUCAGCCGGGCUGUGGCUCGUAUGUUGGUUUGCAUGCAGCCAGCAGCAACAGCCUGGUUGAUCAGGCUCUGAUCCACCAGGAGGCCUGGUCUCAGACCGGGCCGCGGGGGCGUUGACCCCCGGAACUCUCUCCAGGUAAACUCCAGGUAAACUCCAGGUAAACUCCAGGAGGAGAUAUUAGUUUAAUUAGUUAGUUUGAUGGAGGAGAUGCUGGCAGAGGUUUAGGGUGGUGGAAGAUAGCAGGGUGGCAUAUGUUCAGUGCCCCUAUACACCAACAACAUUGGAGAGUUACUUUCGUGUCUUUUUCUAUUGCUUACUCGCUUAACCUACUUGCUACAGUCUUAAUUCUACACUUGAUCGCUGGCUGGCACUAUAGCAUUUAUCGAUACCUGCUUUAGUAUCGUACAUAUCAUAGAAUCACCGAAUCACUGCAGGAGGCACAUUCUCCUCUCUAUUCCUCCUCCACUUUGGUACUUUGCUUCGAGUUUUUUCUUGAAUUUUAUUGUGCUUCUUUCCUUCUUUACCACAGGGCUGGCACUAGAAGCUUUCUUUGGGCCCAUGGUGGCUUAUUUAGCAGUUACAAGCACUAAAAACAAUGGAAUAAUACAAAAUAUAUUGCAUGAAAGUGUGGAAUCAUCCUCUCUGGCUUGUAAACAAUGGCACACUGACUCUACAUGGGCUCAGGCCGUGCAGACAUGUUUGGGAUGAAUGUCCUUAACCGAGUUCUUGGGCAUUAGCCGAGCCAAUAUUUUGACGCAAAAAGUGUCGCUAUCCAAUUUUGCCGUUAGCCGAUGCUGCCAUUACCCGAGGGUCCACUGUACUUUAUCCAGGAAAGAACAGAUAAUCUGAGUGUAAAGUAGACCUCUCAUAAACCUGAUUUAGUAUGUAAUACAUAUGCAAGUCUUUGGGAUGUAUGAAUGUGUGGACUGUAUCCUGAUCCACUUAUCAGACUUUAGAAAUAUACUGAAAUCGUUAUACUAAAUCUAUUUCUACUUUUGUAUGUAUUUAUGUGCCAUCUUUGCCAAAUCUUUGAACUAUAAAAUUAUAGACAAGGUUUAAAUUGGUUUUUAAUACAGCCUCUCCUCUCUGUUCCUAAGACUUUGUUGGUAAGUGAAUUUGUCGCUAAGUGAGGAGCAUACUAUAAUGGUAGUGAGUUUGUGUCAACCAUCUUUGAUAUUGUUUUAAUGUCACCUUUGUACCAUUUAUAACAUUUCUGCUAUAUUUUUAAAUGUUUAUACAGUAGUGUACACUAUAUUGUAAUAAAAUGAAUAGAGGAAAUAAGCUCUAAUAUACAUUAUUUUGGUAUGCAUACUGAUCAGAGAGCCUGUCGUAAGUCCGAGUCAUUGGUAAACGAGUAUGUCGCUAAGUGAGGAGAGGCUGUGUAUGUUAAUAUAGCUCUCAAACACAUCAGGGAAAGGGAGAGUAUUUGAACUGAUUAUCUCACAGCAUUAGUAGUUUGAAAGGUUUUCCUCAUGUUGUACAACAAGCGUGUCUUGUCAUUAUCUGCAGAGGGUUUCGGGGAUCAGUGCCCCCAUGGCCCAGUCUGUGACCAGGCCUUGUGGUAGAUCAGGGCCUGAUCCACCAGGCUGUUACUGUUAUCUGCAUGCAAACUAGUUAUCUCUGGUUAACCUACAUACUUGUUCAACACAGAUGUUUUUGCCCUAUCCAUGAGGAUGCACUGCAGUCCUAUCCAUAAGGAUACACAGCCUAGCAUCUCGACCUUUUCCUUUGUAGUGACCCUUUUGGGUUUAGCACUUACCUUGAUUUUAAUGAUAAUAAAAUCAUGGAAUGGGUGAGGCCACUUGUUCACUGAUUUGUUUACAACUGUGUUAUUACAAUUUUGUGAGUAAUAAAUUAAUAAUUCAGUA